ACUAGACAAGAACGACUAAGGCCUGCGAAUAAAUUAUGUAUGCCUACAGAGACAGUCUGUAAAAAUUUUCUUAAAAAUCAUGGAGCCGUGUAUUAUCAUCCAUGGCGGCUGUAGGCCUAUCCCUGAGGAUUUCAAAGAACCCUACAAACAGGGUGUUCAGCUUGCAGCUAGAAAAGGAUAUGCGGUGCUUCUUGAGGGUGGAAGUGCAGUAGAUGCUGUUGAAGCAGCUGUCAGAAAUAUGGAAGACAACCCUCUUUUCAAUGCUGGACGUGGAUGUGCACUCACAGAGGAAAACACGGCCGAGCUUGAUGCACUUAUAAUGGAUGGACACAGUUUGGCAGCUGGAGCAGUUGCUUGUGUUCAAGCCAUAGCCAACCCUGUCUCUCUUGCACGACGUGUUAUGGAGGAUACUCCUCAUUGCUUGCUAGCUGGGGAAGGAGCUUUAAAGUUUGCUAAGAAGAUUGGAUUUCCUGUUGUUGAGGAUCCAUUAGUGCUUGUCACAGCUGAAUCACAUGAACGCUCAGUUGAUGCAGCAAAUUAUGUGGGAACAGUUGAAGAUUUUAUUUCUGGGAAUUCAAAACAAACAGAUAGUACUGGAAGUUCACAGGGAUUUGACACCGUAGGAGCAGUUGCAUUAGAUUCUCGGGGACAACUUGCAUGUGCAACUUCAACAGGUGUGUUCUCAAUCUCUUGUGGUAUAGUGGAACCCAAGCAAUAGAUACAAUCUUGGAUGUUAUUAGAUAUAUUUAACACAUCAAACUGUAUGGAAUCAUACCAAUCACUUGGAGAAAUUUUCAAUUAAUAUGUAGGGAAACUUAUGAAUCAACAACUAUGUUCAAAUAUGGUAGGCUCUGGCAAAAGGAAGAGCAUUAUAGAAGUGGAGUUGGGGUUGACCUUGUGGCAUAUGAAACAGCUCCAAUCUUCAUUAAAUGGCUUCAUUUUUUGUGGUAUUCAUAGCUUAUCACCUGAUCCCCCCAACUAACAAGCAUUCCCCUUUCUUAACCCUUUAAA